AUGGCACCGAAAGUCGCAGUCCCAAUCCCGCAUGCAGGUGGGUCAGGAUAUUGUUUGACUGAUGCUGACCUGCGGGCGACGAUAUCGUUCGGCAGUACCGUGAUUGACCAAGCAGCCUUCUCUAGGGACAGCACUGCUUGUUACAUAUGGAGAGAGGCCUCGAAAAGUUGGUCUGAACAAAGCUCGUCUCCUACAUUAGCUAACGGGCUUCUUUUCGUGCAGUUGAACAUCGGUAAAGCAAAGGUUCACACCCAGCUGAAAGGUGGUCUCUUUUCUAAUACACUCUUAAUCACUUUUUCUUUUGUUUAUUUUUCUUUACCUGCCUUUCAUAGCUUUCUUUGUUUUAUUUCUCUUUUUCUACGACAAUAUUUUCUUUGUUAUCAUCAAGAGAUUUAUAUUCAUUUACAUUUAUGUUUCAACGCUACUUUCUUCUCCGUCUCUUUUGUCAUCGCCAUUUUGUUUUUUCCUCUUCAAUUUAUUCUCUCUUUCAUCUAUGCGUAUUUCACAUCUACUUUUUCUUCUUUUAUGUUUUCUUUCAUUCUUUCGUGUUAG